AAUUUAAGGCCUACCUUGUAGUUCCACAUUAUACAUGGCCAGAUGUUUUUUUGUUGUCACUAAUGAGCAAUUACGAGGUUGCAACACAACGUGUUGACGGCACGCAUAGGCUACUUAAUUGUUUUAAGGAUAUUAACUUUUGAUCCUAAGGAGAGUGACACUGGGGUCGUGAAAAAGUGACGAUGGGGUGUGGGCAGAGGGAACAAACAAGAUGACGUUGAAGAGGAGCAUCAUCCGCUGCUAGAGGUGCUCCAAGUUUCAUAUAAAUAGCGGACGGCUCUGAAGCAGCAGUCGAGUGAGAAGAGACAGCCAGAAGAAAUAUCCUACUUCGGCAAGGUUGAGAGAGAGGACACUUGUUUGCUUCUGUCAAAAUGAGCGAUUUCGGACUGCAGCUGCUCUGUGUUCUUGGUCUUUUGUCGUUGUCCUCAGCCUGUUACAUCCAGAACUGCCCCCGAGGUGGAAAGCGCUCAUUCCCGGAUCAACUUCCCCGACAGUGUAUGGCCUGUGGCCCCGGGGAGAGGGGCCGUUGUUUUGGCCCGAGCAUCUGCUGCGGGGACGAGAUGGGCUGCUAUGUUGGCUCCCCGGAGGCUGCAUCUUGUGUGGAGGAGGACUACCUUCCAUCCCCGUGUGAAGCCGGCGGGAAGCCAUGUGGUUCCGAGGACGGUCACUGCGCAGCGCCAGGGAUCUGCUGCGACGCUGAGAGCUGUGUUCUGGACCCAGCCUGUCAGGAAGAGGGCAAAAGUAGACCUUUGAGCGAGCAGAACGCAACACUGAUGGGCCCGUCUCCGGCAGAGAUCUUGCUCCGUAUCCUACACGCCAGCGGACGGGCACGGAGUCAGUACUAACAGCUUCCUCUGCUGGAAGAGAGAGGAUUGACAGCCUGCUUGUGCACAGAAAUGUAUUCGACAUGCACAUAACUGUAGAUAAGUGCGUACUAGUGGAGUGCUAUAUGAAUCGUUUUUUCUCUCUCUAUCUCUCUCUCACACACACACACACUCACAGCAAAUUGUAGCCUGGGCUUCAGCUAAAUAUGGAAAUAAAAUGUGCACGAAUUAAGCACCCAAGCAAACCAUCACAAACACACACACACACACACUUUGACGUGAAAAUUAUGAAAAAAAAGUAAACAUAAAUGUUUGAAAUUGCUGCACUGACCAGCAAAAGUUUGUCAUUUUUAAUGUUUCAACUGAAAAUAUGCAUUGUACAAUGGGGUGUAAAUAUGUAGCAAAUAAAAUGUUUCUUGCACUGGCACUGUAAACCAACUCUUUCCUUGUUUUCAUUGCAAAA